AUGCAGGUGACAUUCUGCGGGCUUCAAACUUACCAGUGGUGUUUCAUUCUGUUUCUCAUCCUAUUUCAUGCCUUACUUUUUGGAGCUGACUUUGUGGAAGAAUACUUUUUGCAUUCAUUGCCUUAUGUAGAUAUGAAAGUUCUUGAAAUUAAGGGUAAAGCAAGAAAAUUGAAUAUGGAACCCCUAAGAAGCAAUCUCUCCAAGUAUUAUAUCGUGAGCCAGUCCGAGGUGUGUAAAGGGAAGGAUUUUUUGCUGUUUCUCAUCUUCAGUAGCCCAGGAAAUGGAACAACGUGGAAGCGCAUCAGGAAAACCUGGGGUAACAUGACCAAUGUCCAAGGGCACUCCAUUCUCACACUAUUUGCUUUGGGAACGCCUGUUUUGGUAACUACUCAACAAGAUAAAGAGUCCUGUAAGAAUAAUGAUAUAAUUGAAGGAAUCUUCUUGGUCAUUUCUGAGAACCAAACCCUGAAGAUCAUUGCCAGGACACAGCGGGCUGUAACUUUCUGCCCUAAUGCCCUGUUCAUUCUCAAGGUUGAUGAAGAGAUGUUUGUCAAUCCACCAACCUUGGUGCAGUAUCUUCUUAAUCUGAAAGAAUGCCUCAAAGAGAUCUAUGUAGGAACAGUUAUUCAUCAGUAUACACCCAAUAGAGACCCUUGUACCCAAGAAUUUGCUCCUCUUAGCGAGUACCCAGGAAAGUACUACCCAGAUCACUGCAGCGGUAAGGCCUUUGUCAUGUCCCAGGAUGCGACUCGGAUGAUGCAUGUAGUUUUCAAAUAAGUACCAAUUAUGGUACCUGCUGAUGUGUUAAGAAUUUGUGCUAAGUCCAUUGGCCUUAUACUCCACAGUUCAAGGUUUUAUGGGAAAAAGCACAUCAGCUACAACAGAUGUUGCUAUAAAUUCAUUUCCACAUCCUCAGGAACUACAGAUGCUGAAAUGUCCCUGGCAUGGAAAGAAAUUAAUGAUGGAAACGAAUGUACACUGUUGGAGACUUACUACGGGCUGAUUUCCUGCAAACUUCUGAGGUAUCCUGACAGUUUUAAACAUUUUCAUGUGGGCACCAUAAAAGACAAUGCCAUGUAUUUUGGUGAGUAGGAUUUCUGUUUUUCUUACAUGUCUAUUCUUUUUA